AUGUCUGUGGAAAAGAAGGAAUCCAACUUUUUGGUGGACUUUUUGAUGGGUGGUGUUUCCGCUGCCGUCUCUAAGACCGCUGCUGCUCCAAUUGAGAGAGUCAAGCUUUUGAUCCAAAACCAAGAUGAAAUGAUCAAGCAAGGCUCUUUGGACAGACGUUACACCGGUAUCGGUGAGUGUUUCUCCAGAACCGCUAAGAACGAAGGUAUCGUUUCUUUCUGGAGAGGUAACACCGCCAAUGUUAUCCGUUACUUUCCAACCCAAGCUUUGAACUUUGCUUUCAAGGACAAGAUCAAGGCUUUGUUCGGUUUCAAGAAGGAAGAAGGUUACGGUAAGUGGUUUGCCGGUAACUUGGCUUCCGGUGGUGCUGCUGGUGGUCUUUCUUUGAUGUUUGUUUACUCUUUGGACUACGCCAGAACUAGAUUGGCUGCUGACUCUAAGAACGCCAAGAAGGGUGGUGAACGUCAAUUCAACGGUUUGGUCGACGUUUACAAGAAGACUUUGGCCUCCGACGGUGUUGCCGGUUUGUACAGAGGUUUCUUGCCAUCUGUCGUCGGUAUUGUCGUUUACAGGGGUUUGUACUUCGGUCUCUACGACUCCCUAAAGCCUUUGUUGUUGACUGGUUCUUUGGAAGGUUCUUUCUUGGCUUCUUUCUUGUUGGGUUGGGCCGUUACCACCGGUGCUUCCACUGCUUCUUACCCAUUGGACACUGUUAGAAGAAGAAUGAUGAUGACUUCCGGUCAAGCCGUCAAGUACAACGGUGCUUUUGACGCUUUCCGUAAAAUCGUUGCUGCCGAGGGUAUUAAGUCCUUGUUCAAGGGUUGCGGUGCUAACAUCUUGAGAGGUGUUGCCGGUGCCGGUGUCAUUUCCAUGUACGACCAAUUGCAAAUGAUCUUGUUUGGCAAGAAGUUCAAAUAA